CAGAAAGCCUUGAAGAUUCUUUGCAAGAUAUCUCAGCCUGUGGUGGUUGUGGCCAUUGUAGGGCUGUAUCGUACAGGCAAAUCCUACUUGCUGAACCGUCUGGCCAGAGAAAACCGCGGUUCUUUGCAAAGGCAAUUAAGUGAAAAUGAGAUCAGAGGGACCAACAUGGCUGGUGUCUUUACAAAAAAGGCAAAAUUUGGAUCCAGAGGUAUUCAAGAUCAAGGUGAAGACACAGAGGAAGAAGAUGGCCUUUGAUUGCCCCUGAUACAUCUACCAACAGGAACUCCAAGAAUUGCUAGAAACCACAGAAGUGGAUUUUCCCUUAGAGCCAUCAGAGAGAGCACGAUGAUACUGAAAUCUUGAUUUCUGACUUCUAGGCUGCAAAACUGAGACAAUAAAUACUUGUUAUUUUAAGCAAAAAAAAAAAAAAAAAAAUUAAAGUUUGCUUCUAUAAAACAUUCCUUUUCUCUGAGUUAACCCUUUGGGGGCCACACAGACAUUAAUAUAGAUUUUCUUACUUUUGGAUGUGGAAUUAGCAAUUAUCAACACAUCAAACUUUUAAAAGUGAAAGAGUGAGAUGUCCCUGAUGCAGUGGAGGAAGCGCCAUCUUGUAUCCUGGGGCUCUGACAAUCCUCUAGGUCUGAUUUUGUAGCCCAAGGACUCCUUGGACUAUCUGCUGUCACUCUGUGUUGUUUCUCCCUUCCCUUGCAGGCUUCCCUCUGGGCUCCACGGUGAGGUCUGAAACCAAAGGCAUCUGGAUGUGGUGUAUGCCCCACCCCUCCAAACCGGACCACACCCUGGUCCUUCUGGACACUGAGGGCCUGGGCGAUGUGGAAAAGGGUGACCCUAAGAACGACUUGUGGAUCUUUGCCCUGGCUGUGCUUCUGAGCAGCACAUUAGUCUACAACAGCAUGAGCACCAUCAACAACGACGCCUUGGAGAAGCUGCAUUAUGUGGCAGAGCUCGCAGAACUAAUUAGGGUAAAGUCUUCCCCAAGAACUGAUGAAACCAAAGAUGCCACUGAGUUUGCGAGUUUCUUUCCAGACUUUGUCUGGACUGUGCGGGAUUUCAUGCUGGAGCUGAAGCUGGAUGGUCACCGUAUCACAGAGGAUGAGUAUCUGGAGAAUGCCUUGAAGUUGAUUCCAGGUAACAAUCCCAGAGCUAAAAUUUCCAAUGCAACCAGGGCAUGUAUCAGGCGUUUUUUUCCACAGCGGAGGUGUUUUGUCUUCGACCGGCCAAAAUAUGAAAAGGAUCUCCUAGCUCAUAUCGAAGAUGUGUUGGAAAAACAUCUUAAUCCUAUAUUCCUGGAACAAUCAAAUAAUUUCUGUUAUUACAUUUUCACCCAUGCAAGGCCCAAGACCCUCAUGAAAGGAUUCAAGGUCACUGGGAAUCAGUUGGGGACUCUGGUGGUGACCUACGUGGAUGCCAUCAACAGCGGAGCAGUGCCUUGUCUGGAGAAUGCAAUGACAAUGAUGGCCCAGCGUGAGAACGCAGCAGCUGUGCAGAGGGCAGCCGACCACUACAGCCAGCAGAUGGCGCAGCGAGUGCGGCUCCCCACGGACACGCUCCAGGAGCUGCUGGACGCGCACGCGGCCUGCGAGACGGAGGCCAUCGCUGUCCUGAUGGAGCGCCCUUUCGAGGAUAACCUGUGGGAGUUCCAUAGACAGCUCGCGGAAAUCAUAAAGAGUAAGAAAGAGGAGUUUUUGCAACAGAAUGAAGAGGCAUCUGUUAAAUACUGCCAGGAUAUACUUAAUCAGCUUUCGAAGACCCUAAUGGAAAGGUUUUCAGAAGGAAGCUUUUAUGUUGUUGGAGGACACAACCUCUACAUGGAUGCAAAGAAAAGGAUUGAAUGGAACUACUCAAAAGUGCCUGGGAAAGGAGUAAAGGCAAAUGAGGUCCUCCAGCACUUCCUGAAGGGCCUGGAGGAGAUAGAGGGCUGCAUCCUGCAGGCUGACAGCGCCCUGACCGACCAGGCGAAGGCUGCCUCAGCAGUGGGGGCCAGGAAGGAAGCAGCUGAGAAGGAAUGGGAGAAGCUGUUGCAGCAGAUGCAAACUCACUGGAGAAGCCCUGAUGAAAACAUCUAAGCAGAUCGUUUAAUGAAGAACUUCGGAAGAAAUAUGGGGACAUGAAUGCAGAGAUAAAUUGCGUGGGAAAUGUGAUUGAGACUACUAAAGACGAUAAAACUCUCUGGAUUGCACAGACUCUAAAAGUACUUGCCACUGAACCAUCUGUGGUCCUGUCUGUUCCUGCAAAAUUGGUUGAUCUGGGUCUGAGGAGCCUGAGCUCACUAUGUGAAUGAGAUUAGCUUUUCUUUUAAGGAAAUUAUAGCAUGUGGCUAUGUACUCUGGCCUAAUUUUGCUGUGUGUGUUUUCCAGUUUCAUUCAGCAAAGCUUUAAACAUAAAAAGUGCUUCCUGGAAAUAUAGUCUGACAGACAUUAGAAUAAACACUGAAUUUGUUUGUGUGAAAGGAAAAGAAACUGCUGUUUUAGAACCAGAGUUGGCAUAUUUGGUCUGUGAGCCAAAUUUUUCUUGCUGCCAGUUUUUAUAAAUAAAGUUUUAUUGGGACACAACCAUGCCAUUCUUUUAUCU